AUGGGAACACUGGUUGCCAUGGCAACGGGGCCAGAGUUCUGGACCAAUCGCUGUGAGGCCCUCGUCUGGUCUUCCCGCUUCAAUCCUCUCAGAGAGGAGGAAGUGCUGGUUGCCAAGGGAGCGCUGGUUGCCAUGGCAACGGGGCCAGACUUCUGGACCAAUCGCUGUGAGGCCCUCCUCUGGUCUUCCCGCCCCGUCUGGUCUUCCCGCCCCGUCUGGUCUUCCCGCCCCGUCUGGUCUUCCCGCCCCGUCUGGUCUUCCCGCCCCGUCUGGUCUUCCCGCUUCAAUCCUCUCAGAGAGGAGGAAGUGCUGGUUGCCAAGGGAGCGCUGGUUGCCAUGGCAACGGGGCCAGACUUCUGGACCAAUCGCUGUGAGGCUCUCGUCUGGUCUUCCUUCUCCCUUCCUCUCAGAGAAGGUGAAGCGCUGGUUGCCAUGGCAACGGAGUCAGACCUUUGGACCAAGCGCUGUGAGUCUGUCGUCUGA